AUGAAGAUGGAGACAGCGAUGCUGAAUAUACAAAAUCUGUUUGACCAACUUAUGCGCCAGGCAGAAAUUCUAAAUGAAGGCAAUGAGUAUCAGUUUAUCCAACUGGCUAGGAAUUUUGAGGAGUUCAGGAAAAGGUGGCAAAAAAAGGAUCAUGAGGUUUCCAUGUACAAAGAUCUUCUGAUGAAAACAGAAACUGAACGUAGUGCCUUGGAUGUGAAACUGAAACAUGCCCGAAAUCAGGUGGAUGUGGAGAUCAAGAGAAGGCAGCGAGCUGAGGCCGACUGUGAAAAGUUGGAGCGGCAGAUCCAGCUGAUCAGAGAGCUGCUCAUGUGUGAUUCAUCAGGCAGUAUUCAGCUGAGUGAAGAACAGAAGUCGGCACUGGCCUUCUUAAACAGACCUCAAACUUCCACCGGUGGGAACAAAAGACUGUCAACAAUAGACGAAUCUGGUUCAAUUCUGUCUGACAUCAGCUUUGACAAGACUGAUGAAUCACUGGACUGGGAUUCCACAUUGGUAAAGACUGUCAGAUUGAAAAAAAGAGAGAAAAGGCGCUCAUCCAGGCAGUUUAUAGAAGGCCCACCUGGUCCUUUAAAGAAAACUCGUUCCAUUGGUUCUACAGUGGACCAGGGAAACGAAUCAAUAGUGGCAAAAACAACCCUCACGGUACCUAAUAAUGGAGGCCCAAUUGAAGCAAUCUCCACUAUUGAGACUAUACCUUACUGUGCUGGAAAUCGUAGGAAAGCAGCUAUUCUACAGCCCUGGAGCAGUGACUCAAGCCUGGGAAGCAGGAAACUGGAAACCAGAUCUGAAACAGAUGGAUCUAGCACUCCUGGGAGCACUGGGAUAAGACUACAUGAAUUUGUAUCAAAAACGGUUAUCAAACCAGAGUCAUGCGUUCCAUGUGGCAAACGCAUAAAGUUUGGAAAACUGUCCCUGAAGUGCAGAGACUGUCGAGUAGUGACUCAUCCAGAAUGUCGAGACCGCUGCCCCCUGCCCUGCAUCCCUACCUUGGCAGGAACCCCUGUAAGAAUUGGAGAGGGAACUCUUGCAGAUUUUGUAUCUCUGACUUCUCCAAUGAUCCCCUCUAUUGUAGUUCAUUGUGUAAAUGAGAUUGAACAGCGUGGACUGCAUGAGACAGGCCUGUACCGAAUUUCUGGCUGUGACCGGACAGUAAAAGAGCUGAAGGAGAAAUUCCUUCGAGGGAAAACUGUGCCCCUACUUAGCAAAGUGGACGAUAUCCAUGCCAUAUGUGGCCUCCUUAAAGAUUUCCUUCGCAACCUUAAGGAGCCCCUUCUCACCUUCCGUCUGAACAAGGCUUUCAUGGAGGCAGCAGAAAUCAUGGAUGAGGAUAACAGUGUGGCAGCAAUGUACCAAACAGUUGGGGAGCUCCCUCAGGCAAACAGAGACACGCUGGCUUUCCUUAUAAUACAUCUCCAGAGAGUGGCUCAAAGUCCAGACACCAAAAUGGAUGUUGGCAACUUGGCCAAAGUCUUUGGUCCAACAAUAGUUGGGCACGCUGUGCCAGAUCCUGAUCCCAUGACACUACUUCAAGACACAAAAAGACAACCCAAGGUUGUGGAGCGGCUGAUUUGUCUGCCUGUUGAAUAUUGGAACCAGUUUAUGAUGGUGGAACAAGAAAAUAUUGAUCCAGAACAUAUCAUUGAAAACUCCAAUGCCUACUCAACACCUUGCACCCCAGAUAUUAAAGUGAGCAUGUUGGGACCAGUCACCACUCCGGAACAGCAAAUGGCAAAGACUCCUUCAAGCAGCUCUCUGUCUCAGAAGGUCCGCUCUACAUUUAGCAAGACCACGCCCAAAUUUUCAAGCAAAAGCAAGUCUGUAACCAGCCUAGGACGACAGGGCAACUUUUUUGCCUCUCCAAUGCUGAAAUGAAAUUUCGUUCUG